GCUCAUUACUACAGUUCUUUAUUAGCAUAUGCAGCUCGUGAUGCCAAAACUGCGGCCACAAAACACUUACGUUUUCUGAGGUAGCCAGCGGCAGAGCAUCAAAGCCGGGUGAUGAUUCCCACCGGAUCAUCAUCAGCCUAAUUUAAGGACCGGUUGAAACCCUCCGAUCCGGAUCCAUCCAAGUCUAACAAAGCUUGUCGAGCUCAGAGCUGUUCCUGGCCGACAAAUCCCGUCCGAUCGAUCCAGUGCCCGCCGGCCGGCCGUCGAUGUCUCCGCAAGCUUCUUCUCCGCCGCCGGAGGCCAACCAGCUCCGGUGGGAGCAGCGGGCCGACGGCCCCGCGUGCGUGCUCGCCGUCGGCACGGCGAACCCGGCCAACUGCAUCCCGCAGGACGAGUACGCCGACUGGUACUUCCGGGUCACCAAGAGCGAUCAUCUCGCCCACCUCAAGGACGCCAUGAAGAAAGCAUGUGAGGCGGUGGGUGUCAAGAAGCGCUACUUCCAAAUCACCGAGGAUCUCCUCCGUGCCCACCCGGAGAUCCUGGACCCCGCACUCCCAUCCAUCGACGCCAGGCUCCAAGCCGUCGCGGCCGCCCUGCCCGAGCUCGCCGCGGCUGCCGCGGCGAAGGCCAUCGCCGACUGGGGCCGCCCGGCCGGCGACAUCACCCACCUCGUUGUCAGCACCAGCUCCGGCGCGCAGAUGCCGGGCAUCGACGUCCGCGUGGCCUCCCUCCUCGGCCUUCGCCCCACCGUGCGGCGCACCAUGAUCUACUUCCAGGGCUGCACGGGCGGCGCCGGCGCGCUCCGCGUCGCCAAGGACGCCGCCGAGAACAACCGCGGCGCGCGCGUCCUCGCCGUCUGCGCCGACGUGCUCAGCGCCAUGGCCUUCCACGGCCCCGACGAGGCGCGCCCCGAGGGCCCCGCUGCGCACGCCAUCUUCGCCGACGGCGCCGGCGCCGUCGUCGUGGGCGCCGACCCGCGGGCGCCCGGAGAGCGCCCCGAGUUCCAGAUGGUGUCCGCCUCGCAGGCCACGAUCCCGGGCACCGAGCGCCUCGUCACCGUCGACCUCGGCGCGGCCGGCCUCGGGUACAGCCUCGCGACGCCCGAGGUGCCGGUGCUGGUCGCCGAGAACAUCGAGCCGGUCCUGGCCGCCGCCGUGGCGCCGCUCGGCCUCGCGAGCAGCGGGUGGAACAGCCUCUUCUGGGUGGUGCACCCUGGGAGCCACCUGAUCAUGAACAGCUACGAGAAGGUGCUCCGGCUGGAGCCCGGGAAGCUGGCGGUCAGCCACCGCGUGCUCACCGAGUACGGGAACAUGAUCGGCCCAACGGUGAUCUUCGUCCUCGAGGAGGUGGUGCGCCGCCGCCGGCUGGACGGCGAGGGUGAAGGCGAGGGGUGCGAGUGGGGGCUGCUGGUGGGGCUCGGGCCGGGGUUCACUGCCGAGGUGAUAGUGUUGCGCGCGUGUAAAUAAGUGUGUUGCUGCGCCCACUCGACUUGCUCAAGGCAGCAUAAAGAUUCCUCGUGUUGUUUCCGAAACUGCAGAGCGACUCACUCUCACUGACGUGUGGGCCCGCUCACACUGGGCCCGCAUGUCAGACAGACGAGUCCGGUGCAGUACGUUGAGAAUAAUGCUCGUUUAAUUUGUUGUUUUCUGGCGCCAACCGUAUGCAUUUGUAGUUGUAAACUUGUAAGUUCAUGCCACAAUUGGCCUUUAAUUUAUACAGUACGGAAUACCAGUGCGCUG